CACUCUUCAACUCUCCCCUGCUUUACUCGAUUGACCCAUCCGCAAUCGUCACAGGUGAGCAGCGAGGUGUCGUCAAGCUCUUAGACUCUCAAACUCUGGAGUCUUAGAAAGUGGCUUGGAGAAUCACUCACACCUCGUGCAGAUACAAUCAUGUCAGACCCCAAAGAGCCCGUCAACCCUGAGGGAACCCAGGAGGAAGAAGCCGAUGUCCACUUUGAACCCGUCGUCAAAUUGACAGAACAAGUCGAAGCUAAGACUCACGAGGAAGAUGAGGAGGUCUUAUUUACUAUGCGGGCCAAGCUUUUCAGAUUCGCCAAAGCUGAGCUCGAGUGGAAAGAGCGUGGAACGGGUGAUGUCCGACUCCUCAAACACAAGUCUACAAAUAAGAUUAGAUUGGUCAUGAGGAGAGAUAAGACCCACAAGGUCUGUGCGAACCAUAUCGUCACCUCCGACAUGAAGCUCUCUCCUAACAUUGGAUCUGAUCGAUCAUGGGUUUGGAACGUCGCGGCCGAUUAUGCCGAUGGAGAAUCCACAGCUGAGACACUUGCCAUCCGGUUCGGCAACGCGGACAACGCCAACCUGUUCAAGAAGGCUUUCGAGGAUGCUCAAGAAUCAAACUCUGGGCUUGGUGGAUCGACUGCCGAGUCUGGCGCUACAGAGACUGUUCCCGAGCCCGUCAACGAGACCUCCACUACUGCCGAAAAGGAAGCACCAAAGGAGGAGAAGGAAGGUGACACCGCUGGCGCUCCAUCUACCCACGUCCCUCAGGAGAGCACCGGAACAGAGGCUGUUACUGGAACUGACAAGGAUGCCACCGCCGCUGAAGUCAAAGAGGAGGCAGUGGCUACGGAAGCCGAGAAGAAGGCUGACACCACAGAGGAGGCCAAGGCGUAGAAGUCUCAUCGAGGAACUGCGUAGGGACGAUCCAUAUGAUUGAUAGAGCUUGGCGGGAAUGGAAAGACCUCGUUGAGGUGGAUGAAACAACUCUGAGAUGUCAUGACAUAGCGAUGAGCGUGAUGUAAUCCAGUUCUGGAAGCCUCUGCACUACAGGGACACUCGCCGAGUCAGAGGCACAGCCAGCCUCUGCAAGGCAUCCACAGCCUGAAG